AGUAUUUGAGAGGAGCAGACAGCAGCAGACAAUAUUUGACGAAAGAAAAAAAAAUUUAUUUCACAAAAAAAAAAUAAACUCUUGAAGUUGGAAAAAAACAUUUGCUUUAGCGAAUACAUUGAUGAAAUUUAUAUCAAUCGAGCUUUUAAUCGUUGCAUAUUGCGUAUGUUCCCAAUGCUUUAGAGAAGAAAGAAGUUGAACCUUGAAUUUUCAAAAAGUGGGUACAUUUUUUUCCUACAAGUUGAGUCAUACUUACUGCAAAGCAAACAUAUGUGACAUUCAUCACAGCAAGGAAACGAAAGGACAAAUACAAAUACAUACCAACGACGAGGAGGAAAUGUAGAAAAAAAAAUCACAAUUUAUUUAGUCUUCGACAUGCUGUACUGGAAGUGAAAUUGAAAAUCCUUGGAAUAUUGGUGGAAAAUAAAAUUUUAUUUGAUUCGACGAAAUACAAUACACACAGACCAAUAUGGAGGACCUGUUCCUUUUGGUCAUAAAGGAGUCGACAGGAACGAAACACAAUGCCCUGAGGCAAACUGCACAAAUAGCAUACGACAAGUUAUAUCGCCAACAUGGUAUACAUAGGGAUCCAUCACAUGAAUUGCGUUCGGUGUGUUUUACGGCCUUGCAGAUGGCGUUGGAUACCAAACGACCGAAAUUCGUAACCAUGGGCUUGAAUGGAUUGCAUAGAAUCAUCAAAGAUGAACGUUUUUAUAUUGGACUGGAACCCGAGGAUGAUUCGGUGUGGUUACCCUCACAAUUGUUGAGAGCUACAUCGGGCAUCUUGCCCACAAACAAUAAUGAGGACACUGUGGUGAAUGUGCUUCGCCUAUUUCUGGCAAUGGCUUGCUCUCCCGCAUGCACCCUAAAUGGUAGAUUGCUAAUUGAAAUUCUUUCACGAUGCGGAGAAUGUUGGGAGUUGGGUUCGAGAGCCAUAAAGGCAGCCUCCUUGGCUGCUGCGUCACAGUGUUUGAGGACAUUUUGCACGUUUCUGAUUGAGGAAGCAGAGGAUGUGAAGAAGACCGCUCCCGCUGGCCUAAUGACGCAAACUCAAGCCACCGCUGUUUACAAUGAGGUAAUACCUGUAAUGCAAUGGCUCUGUAGUCGCCUGGUAGAGCCGAGUGUCACCAGCUCACCCAACAAGAAGGUGGAAAAUAACUGCACGCUCUAUCUAACAGAAUGCAUAUUGACAUUGACAUCAUCUUUGCCACGCAAUGUUUAUGCAAAUCCUCACUUCACAUCAUUCCUCUGGCAAAAGUUUUGUCCCACAUUGGCCGCAGCAUUGGGUUCUCCCGGCAGAGUUAAUCUAGACAAGAAGUUUACCUACAAAGACGCUUUGCAUAUUAUAGAGAAUGAGGCCAGAGGCUUCUUCACAGGACCUGGACUGGAUGGUGCUCAAGCCCGCUGCGUGUAUCUCACUGGCAUUCAAUUGUUGAGAAUUGCGGGAUCACAUGGCUCCCUAAGGCCUAUGCUAGAGGCAUUGUUCCAUCGCAUGCUACUCUUGCCGACACCCCAAAAUCGCACGGAACCCUUGAAAUGUGUGAGGGAAAUUUUUAAGAGUCCAGAGCGUUUAAUCGAUUUGGCGGUUAUUCUUUACGCGGACAAGGCAACUGCUACGGGAUGCAGCGAUGAGAUGGCCCUCUUCAGACUGAUGAUUGAUGCCAUGGAGGAGUGUGCUUAUGGCGUUGGCAGCGGAAAUGGCAGUGGUUUUGUUGUCGAGGCCAGCCUACAGGCUAGUGUAGAGUGCAUGGUGGCAUUGCUUCAAAGUCUGCAGGUCCUUUGUACCGGAGAGAUAAAUGAGACCAUUAUCAGCGAUCAGAUCGUUACUGUAGUGAAUAGUCGAUAUGGCCAAUUGAAGGAUGCAGACUAUACGGGACCUCUGACGUAUCAGUCCAUGGCUCGUCUACCGCCUUCCUAUCGGGAUGCAGUGGUGGAGUUUCGUCAGAGUGUUUACGAAGCAUCGUCGGGAUCGGAAAGCGAUGGAGAUCAGCAGGCCGAAAAUGAUGUGGUCUCCAAUGGUUCAGGUGAUACCGAGGGACCCGAAGAUGAGGAACAUUCUACAUCCAGUGAUGAGGCUUCACGUGGUGAGCUAAAUCUUUGGCCAUAUACAAAUCUCGAAGUUCCUGUGUUCCCCAUUCGCUCUGAUGUGGAUGCAGAUCGCCAGCAUGCCCGAGAUUUUGCAAAAUCCCUAUGUGAAGAUCUUGUGCCAAAACUGGCACGCCUGCGAUCGUGCAUUGAAGUCGACGAAGCCAUGCAGGAAUUUGCCUCGGCCGUUUGUCAGGAGAACAGCUUGAAUAUAUCCGACUUCGACUAUAACUUUACAAUAAUCAACGCAGAUGGAAUCUAUCUGGCCAUCUAUUCGGCCCUGCUGCUGAGUUGGCAAUUGAAGAAGGCCGGCUAUUAUGCCGACAUGCAAAAGGAAAUUAUGAUUCCCAUGUCGGAACAGCAGUUUGUAACGUCCGUCCAGAAUACGGGAGUUUUGGUUUAUCUCUCUUCAGCGUGGCUCUGCGAGUUGUAUCAGAGUGUGCUGGUAACGAAUAUCUUGGAGUCUCUGGAUAAAAACGAUCAAGAUUCACGCUGUGCCUUGAUUGACAUGCUGUGCGACGCUGGUGGCUUGGCAGCCACCCAAAUGAUGUGUGAGUGGCAGCGCUUGCAGAGUGCCAAUGUCAAGUACACCGAUGACGAGCUAUACAAUGCUCGGCGUGAGGCAGCCAAGAAGUUAAGCAGGCGUUUGCUUACCUGUUGCUGGGAUUCCAUGGUCAUGGUGUUGAGUUCGGGCCUUGGCGAUUUACCCACAUCCAGCUCAAGUAAGUUUGUGGCCCUCUCCAAGAGAACACUGCGUGUAAAAACCAAGAGCACCAAGUCCAAUGGCGAAGCCCUUUACGCCAUGUGUCUCGAUGGACUGCAUUCGGCCGCUACUCUUAGUAACAAUCUUAAUCUACAACAUUUGGCGGGAAAGAUUCUGAAUUUGUUGGCCUCUAAUGUUUGUCAGACGACGGGCCCUCGCAUCUCCGCCAGCCAAGCGAUGUCCAUGGACGUGGUGUUGGGUGGUGGUCUUAAUUUGGGUUCCUACAGUCCCGACUGCUGGCAAUCGAUAUUUGCUGUGUGUCGCCAUGUCAGCCAACUGGAACAUGAAAUGUUCAGCAUGCGAAGUGCUUCGGUUCCUUCGUCAUCACCAAAUGCUAAUCGCGAUAUAGAGACGGGAGAGAAACUGCAAUGCAAUGGUGGUGGUGGACAUAACGACAAAAUCAAUCUAGCCUCGAUUCCAAUCGAUGACGAUGAAACGUGUGUCGAUGUCUACAGCUUCCUGCAGGCACCGCUGCAAAGCCCCAACACUAAUAUAACCUCGAUUCUUAAGGUGUACUCGGGGACCAAUGAAACGGUGCUCCUCAGUCCCAAUGACACCACCAAAGUACUUUGCGGGCUGUCACACCAAGCCGAGAAUUUGUUUAGCGAUGCUGCCGAACGCUUGAGCCUACCCUCAUUGUGUCAGUUUCUGAAAAACUUGUGUAGAGCUUCCAGGGAGCAGUUGUAUAAGAACACCACUACACGCAAAGGCAGUCGAGUUUGGUGGCCCAGUAAGGGUUGGCGCAAACACGACUCGCUGCCCAUGUCCUUGCUGUUGCACCGAAUUGGAGAUGUCACCUUGAAGGUAUUUCGCAGUCCUCGCCCCUUGCUACACAUUUUGAAGGUUUGGGCCAUAACGGGUCCUCAUCUCAUGGAUACGGCGUGUCAUCGUGAUCGGGUAAUCUCGAAGCGAGCCAUCGAGUAUAUACACGAUAUAGUCACGGCUCUAUUGGUCGAACAGUCGGAGCUGCCCUACUUUCACUUUAAUGAAGCUCUUCUAAAGCCUUUUGAGAACCUGCUCAGUAUGGAUAACUGCGACUCCGAUGUACAGGAUCAAAUCGUGGCAUGUUUGUAUGAAAUUGUGGAGGCCCAUCGCACCGAGAUCAGAUCAGGCUGGCGGCCCCUCUUUGGUACUUUGCGAAAUGCCCGCAGCCGCAUGCUAAGCACUAGCAAUAUAAUCGAUAUAUUCAGAGUGUUUCUGGACUCGGAUAAUACGCUGGUCUUUGCUAACGCCGGCUUGGACUGCAUCUUAUGUCUGCUGUCAUUUUUAGAGGUGCCUGGCAGCGGCAGUUCUACGAGCACCACUGGUGUGGCGAAUGGCAACUCAUCUGCCUCCACCAAUGCUGAGGAGGACAAUAACUUUAGGCCCACAGAAUUCCUGCACGAAACGCUGCGUUUCCUUGAACGAUGCUCUUCCAUUUUGGGUUUUAUGUACAACAUGCCAAAGUGUCCGAAUUUCCACUCCACCUACAAGAUCAAGGGCAUCUCCUACACGCAUAUAAUCGACGCCAACAUACCCAACUCCAUGGAGAACUUUACCUACUUCGGCAAUGACUAUCUUCAGACCAAGAACGAACAGCACAUGAUCUCCUACAGGUCACUGCACAUAGACAAGGAGAACAUUGUGAAAAUCGAUGAGAUGGACAAACCAUCGGGUGUUCUAAAAGUAUGGUUUCUUCUAUUGGACGGCCUGACCAACUCCCUUAUAGUCUGUCCCUAUUCACAUCAAGCACCCAUACUACAGACCAUUUUCAAACACUUUAAGAAUCUCCUCAGCAAUCCUGGCAUUGAGUUUGGCUUCUAUUGCAUCAAUCACUUACUCAUACCCAUGAUUCAGGAUUGGCUGCGUUACAUCAACAAGACGGGGACUUCCUGGCAGAUGGUAGAGAAGAACUUCAAGCACUGUUGCUGCAUGACCACCGAUUUGGUGGUGGAUUUCAUUAAGAUGUCUGUGCCCGAAGUGCAGCGACAAGCCUGCAAUACCAGGACCAGGGUAACACAAAUAGUCCAGCCCAGCGACAAUUCCUAUUCAAAGUUGAAAUUUGUUACCGAACCCGUGGAGGAGGGAACCAAUGGUCAAGCAGCAGACAAUAAUUCCUCGAGUGGCGAGGAUAACACUCAAGAUCCUAAAGAGUCACUGACAAAGGUUUCCAAUUCCGCCACUUUGGCUCUUAAACAAUUGCUUCUGGUGCUGAUCGAAUGUGCCGCCCAAGUCCAGGAAACUGUGGCCAGGGUGGGAGUUUCUUGCCUCAAACACGUGAUUCUAUCAACGGGCACCCUCUUCAAUGAAUAUCAGUGGAUGAUUGCCUGCUCGGCUAUACACAGGGCUUGCACGGUGACCAUAGCCCCAUUGCGCCAGUUGUCGUUUGCAUUUCAUGAAAAGUCCAACAGCUUUUAUGGCGACUGUGCCAAUGUUAAGGUAGCAGCACGACGAGACAGCACUGUGGAGGAGUUGACGCGCAUCUAUUCGCUGGCCCAACAGGUGUUCCUUUCGGAUAAUCAACGAGAGCCCGGCUCAAAGCCCAACACCCAUUUGGAUAAGCACUUGAGCGACGAUCGCAGCUAUUCCUUCCUUUUGUAUCCGCAAAAUAAUGGCUUCAACUCCAAUUUGGAUAACUUUGUCAUAAGAAUUCCCUUUAAGACAUUGGUAGUGGGUCUGUUGGCAAAUCAAAUGCUAUUGCAGUUGGUGGCUAAACUCCUGCUGUCCCGCUUGAAAUGUGUUCCUCAGGCCGUGUCGACGUGCAUUUUCGACAACUACACCACGGCCAGUCAACAAACGUACGACUACGACUUGGACUUUCGCUCAAAGGAGAUCCUACUGCGUUGUUGCCUGCAGUUCCUAACCAGUUCGCUAGAGUUUGACUCGAGGCCAGGCUUGAAAUUCCUCAUGCAAAAAGUGGCCAACAUCGAGUAUGCAGCAAAUCUUUACAAGCAAAUGACGUCAUCGUGGAUGAUCUAUUACAUUGCUCUGGUCGACUCAUAUCUUAACGACAUAGUGAUUUACAAUCUAGGUCCCGAGGACCUUAACUUUAUACUGGAAUCCUGCUCAAGGCUCAAUACCACCAAGGUCAAGAAGAAGGAAAACUUUGUGCGCUAUCUCUUCUGUUUGCAAGAUGCUUGGAAUUUGGUGUGCGAGCUGUAUUUGAGUAACUCAACGCUUCAUGACAUUGAAAAUGGACGUCUGCGAAAUUGUGAAACGGAACCAAAAUAUCCGAACUCUGCAGCUGGGGGUGCGGCGGCGGCGGCGGCGGCUUCUAACAAGCCCCACAUCAAGUCCAUGUGUAUUACAAUAAAUGGCAAUUUCGAAAAUGGUAAUGCUUCCAGCUUUUCGGAGACCACAGACUAUUCGCCCAACAAAUAUAGCCAAAUCGCCGAGGAGGAGAGCAUAACCAUGACCACACUAAUUAGCGAGUUUCAGCCGAAAAGUCGCAACAACCCCUUCGAUACGAAUCGACCGCAAAAGGCUGAAGCCGAGUCAAUAUCACCGGAAAUUGAGCAACAACGUGCUACCAGCAUUCUCAAGGAUUCCAAUUACAAGCGAGCUGCCCUGGCCCAGCUGGUGGUGGCCUCAAUGGAAUUGCUGCGUUCACUGCCAGCCGAAGCCGAAAGCAAUUUGCGUUUGUUGAUGACACCGACAAUAAGGGAGGCCUUCCGUUUGGUCCAGCUGCAGGGCAACGAGCUGAAAGUUAAUCAAUUUUAGGUUUUGCUUGUUGAGUUUUAUUUUGACUUGUAAGAGCAGGAGUGUGACCAGCGCGCGCGGUUGCACACUGUGUUGCAAAGUGCAUACUAAAUGAUGACGAUAACGAUGAGGAUGAUGAUGGUGAUGGUAACAGCUGCAAAGAGAUAACCAACCUAUCCUGAUGUAAUCCAAUCGACCCUAACUCCCACUUUUUUCCGUCCAUCACAAAGAUCUAUAGCCAAUCUGCGAUCUAUCUAUCUAUCAACCCCUCUGCUUCUACUAUUAUUCAUACCUCAAUCAAUGAGAAGCUCGCCUCUUAAAAUCCUAUGCACUUUCUCAUACGCACUCAAGCACCCCCACAUUACAUUACACUUGCCAACCAAUGCUAACUUCAACUCCCUCCAUACCCCACCACCAUAUACAUAGAUACAAUAUACCCUUACAUAUUCGCAUAUACAUACAUAUAUACCUAUAUGGAAAUGGCAUAUGAGACAUUCCAACUAAAAUGCUAAUGACUACUCUAACUAUUACAUUUAUAUUUAUAUAUAAAUAUAUAUACACACAUACUACAUACUAUAUACUAGUAUGCGAAAACACAUGCUGUAUACAUAAUCAUAGCCGCCCAUUACCGCCUAAAAUUAGACUAUUUUUUUAAAAACUAUUUAUUAUUAUAAUUAUCGGCUUUCAAAAAGCAUUUCGAUGUGUUUAUUCGUUAUUUGUACGUGCAUUGCAUACAUAGUACAUACAUACAUAUAUAAAUGCAUGCGUGCAUAUAACAUGUAUAACAACUAUUCGUACUUGUACCUACCAAAACAUUAUUAACAUACAUACAUACAUAUAAAGAAAACAAACAUGCAUUAUAACAUACCACAUUCGUAGAUAAAGCUCCCCCACUCUCUCUCUCUCUCAUCCCCCCUCCGCCUUCUACUAAACAGCCAAUAAAUAUGACUAAAAUGCAAGUCUGAAAUGAAAACUUUAAGAGAGGCUUACUGUUAAAAAGCCAAAAAGUCCAAUAUCUGCUGUUUUCAUACUUAUUGGCUGUUAAAGGGGCUAAACACUGUGCUCGACAUAACCAAAACAACAAAAAAAACAUUUUGUUUCCUGAGCUCCGAUUUUAAGAUAUUCGUGGUGCACAGCAUUUAUCAAACAAUGUUUGAGAGUCUUCUCAGAACGAAAGAGUGAUGUUAAUCUAUUGAAAAUGUUAGAUUAUGAUUAUAUUCAAUGGGGAUCGCCUUAUUUGACUGCCUACUAAAUUCUGUAACAUCAGUGUCUCUACGACCACGUUUACUUUUUUUUUUGUUUUAAUGAAACGGCGACUCCAUAAAACUUUCACCAAUUUUUUGCCUGUUUGGCCCCAAAUAAGACUUAAUGCAAAAUGAAACACAAAUUGUUGCGAUAUUUUAACGCUCUCUAGUUUGAAGAUGCAUUUAAAUACAAUGUUUGAUAGGCUUAUAAAAAUGCUACAUCAUACUUAAAUAAUAUUUUAAAGCCUUAUAUUUUUUAUAAAAAACUGUUUAUCUACGAGUAGGUAUGUGUCGAAACAGUGUACUUAUUGCUUCUAUUAAUUGCGCGCUCUAUACUGUAUAUUCUACUUACUAUCUCUCAUCAAUCUUUGAGUUGACCCCUUAAUCAAGUUUUUGUGUUCUUAUCUUUACUUCUCUGAAUGUGUUUUGGAUGAUUGGAAAAGUCACUCAAAGUAAAAACUCAACAGAUAUCAACAAUAACAGCAACAGCAAAAACUACUACAGACUAUUUUACUAAGCAAAAUUUAGCUGCAACCUUAGCCUAGUUCACGAUUCGUUGCAUAUGAUCCAGAUGAUUGUCGUAGCAACAUUUGCAUUUCAUACCUCCACAUGCUCAUACAUGCCGACAAACAUUAUCCUCUUCUUAGGUCAUUUCACAGUAUUAUGUCCUCUUGGCUACUGCUGCUACACAGACCGACCAGAUGAUAUUCAGUGAAUCCUGAACUUAGUUAAAAACGCAACGUAUAUAUGGAUGUGUAUAUUCCCCCCUAUGAUUUGAUAUGUUAGAUAAUUUAAUGCAUAACCUUUAAAGGGUGUCAGUUGUUCAAUAGAUGUAACAAUCCAUAAUAUAUCUAUUAAUAUGCAUGGGAAACAUUAUUGAAAUCAACUUUUCUAUUUUAAAGACCUACAUCAACCAAUUAGUUCGAUCGAUUUUAGCCCAAAAUUAGAAAUAACAUUUAUGUUUUGCUACCAAAGGUUAAAAGGUCUAAAUGGUACCCAACGACACUUACCCUGUCAUAACAAUUGUCUAUUUCAGCCUUCCUUUUGAGAAAUAGAAAAAGGAAAUAUUUUAAAACAUCUAACUACAUCAAACAGUACAUAAAAUAUAGUUCAAUAAAAACUCUACUCAACAUUUA